AUGAAUCAAUCAGCCAGUUUUUCAUUGUCAAUACCAAAUAGUCCACCUGUUUCAACAGCGACUACAACAACUACCACAUCGACUACAUCAUACAGCGGUGCUUCGACACCAAAAAGCACAACAAGCCAAUCACCAAAAUGUUCACUCACACCAAGAGGAGUGACACCACGACAAUAUCCGCCUCACCACUCUAACAACACCUAUGGCAACAACAAUCAUUGCUACUCACCACAACUCUCACAAUCAUCACCACUUCCAUUGCCACCACCACCACUUUUACCGACACCAUCUACACCACCGACACCAUUCCUAUAUCAAUCGAAAUCGGCCAUACCGAUAAACCCACUGGCCAACUCCACCAACAGCAUUGCCAGUGCGGGAUACAAUGUAAAUGGCUAUGAGAAUGGGCUGAUGACACCAUCGUCUUCAUCGUCGUCCAUCUCACCAUCGGCAUCACCAUCAUCAAUGUCAUUCUACCCACUAUCUUCACAGUCACUACUGAACACCACCAGUAACACCAACAACAAUUCCAGUUCUGGACCGAGUAGGUCGAAAUCACAGAACUCCACAUCAAAGAAAUCAUCUAAAUUAUUUUCCUCUCUAUCUUUUGGACACUCAUCCUCUGCACAUCAUCAUCACCACCACAAAGAAGCGCCUCUCUACUCGCCAUCGAAAGGAUCAAGUUCUGCACCAACCACACCUUCCUUACUAACACCAACCACUUCAAGAUCACAGAUACCCCACCCCUCCACAAACAACAGUAGCAGCAGCAACAACAGCAGUAGCGAUAAACUUACGAAAUCAAUCAGUAGCAGCAGUAGCAGCAGUAAUAGCAGUGGCAGCAACAAUAGUAUCAAGCCAUACAAAGUACACAAGAAGAUCAAGUAUCGAUUAAAAAUGACUGAACUAUCAGGAGGAGAGAAACGAUUCGUAUUCGAUUUGGAGGGUAGAGAUCCAGAUUUUUGUCUCUGGGUCAAAAAGACCAACAAGAAAGAUGUUGUUCAGGAUCGUCUUUUCGUUCUGACACAAUACAAUGUAUAUUCAAUCAAACGUAACAAACUCGGAAAGAAGCACGUACAACGACAAGGUCACCUCUAUGACCUCGUUGAGAUCAAAACCGACGACAUCGAUCAUGUAUUACUACGUUUCUCAACAUUCACAAUUGACAUCAGUGGUAACAACACUGGUAUUACCAUCCCUAAAAUUUUGAUCAAUGCAUUCCAUCGUAUCAGUUUCACAUUCUCUUUGGAGGCAUCUCCAUCGUUAAUUAUUAUUCCAGUUGAAAGACAAGCUCCUGAAAUAGAGAAUAUUGAUCCUGGAUUUGCACAUGGAUUCGUUGAAGUAUACAAAGCACAAUGUAAUUAUUAUAAUUCUCCAUUUGUUUUGGAUUUAGUUCAAUUCUUGGAGGAGACUGUCUCUCAGGGAAAUAGAGAGUUUUGUUUGGAUGAUUUCGCAGGUAUCGAUAAGACAGCGGAGGGAGCUAUCAACUUGAUUCCGGUCAUGGCAUCACUCCGUCACAAUACAUACUUUGAUUCGUUCGUAUGUCACAACAAGACCAGAAAGGAGGUUCCUCAGUUGCUGGCUGACGUGUUCCACCACAAUCGUACGCUAACUCGUGUUUCGCUGCGUGGAAUCGAUACCGACGAAGGUUGGGUUCAACUUGGUGACGCGCUCCGUGAGAACACAUCGAACGAGUUGCGUUAUCUCGAUAUCUCUGACAACCCUGUUCGUGACCGUGGUAUCACAUCGAUCACCAACGCAAUUCGUGCAUUCUCACGUGAGUUUUGUCAGUUGUCAGCAUCGAAUAUCGACCUACAGUCCAAAGGUGCUGCAGUUAUGUUCCGUUCGCUCCAAGCCAACUACGCCAGUUCUGGUGCCAUCGAAAUUUUGGAUCUCAGCAACAAUCAUCUCGGUACAACCGGUUCCGAUCCACUCCAAGAUUUCUUUGCACUGAUGAACUCAUCCAAUCCAAAUCCAGAGAAGCCGAUGCGUCAUCUCAAUCUUGAGAACACUCAGAUCGACACUCCUCGUAUCACCAAUGCCAUCCGUCAGGCAAACGUACAGAAUCUUCAAUUCCUCAAUCUCAGUGAGAACAAGUUCACCAAUGAAUCGGUACAGGGCAUCUGUUUGUUGAUUAGCAAAGGUCAGAAUCUGACUGAUAUUCAGCUGCGUGGUUGUGGAUUGUUGGGUGAACAAGUUGCUCUGCUCAUUCAGGCUUGCACCAACGGUGCCGCCGUCGAACAACGUUCACUCGAUCUCUCCAACAACAAUCUCGGAAAGAACGGUGCCCUAACAUUUGCACCGACCAUCAAGAAUUGUACCAAUAUCACAUCACUCCUGUUGUCGUUGAACAACUUCCGUAAGCGUGGAAUGACCUACAUCAUCAGUGCACUCGAAGAGAACACCACACUUCGUUCGAUCGACCUCUCAAACAAUCUCAAGAGCGGAAGCAAAGCCGACUCUGUCAUCGACCACUUGGCACGUGUCGUGCAACGUCAUCCAAACCUCGAGAAACUGGUGUUGGCCGGUCGUGACUCGCGUGGAUUCUUCUUGGGUCGCGAACUCCUACCGUUGGUGAAAUCGAUGAACGAAGAGAGCCGUCUCGUCGAGCUCGACAUCAACGGCAAUGCAAUGGGUGACGAUCUCUGUCGUGAACUCUUUGAAUCACUCAAGAAGAACUCGAGUUUGCGCACAUUGAACAUCGAUAACAACGCCAUUGGAUUGGCCGGUCUCGCAGCAAUGAAGCGUUGUUUCAGCGUCAAUCGUACACUCUCUGACAUUCCCGUGCCAACUCGUGAUAUCGCCAAGAUUCUCGGUGCCGCCAAAGACAGAAAGACCACCAACGACAAGAUCGCAGAGAUUCUCAACGAUGUCCAAUGGGCAUUGGCAAACAACAAGAACGGCAUUCCCUACACCGACAUUCCAUCGUCCACCGUCAAGACCACAAGUGUCGCCGUGUCGUCGGGAUCGACACCAAACUUUAGAGCCACCACAUAUAUUUCCAAUCCAUCGUCGCCAAUGAUCAACAACAACCGAUCGAGCGCCGACGACAUUGGAAGAUACUCUGCCGGUGGCGCCGCACCUGCCUCAACCUCACACUUUACACUGUCACACAGCUCACCCGCACCAGCACAAAAACUAUACAACCCACCACCUCCACCACCUCUUUACGAUCCAUACCAACAACAACAACAAAGCUAUCAACCACCUCCACCACCACCACCCGCUGUCGAUAACAACUAUGAUCAAUACUCUUAUGAUCAUCAACAACAGGAACAACAAGAACAACCAUCGGCAACUGACUAUGAUCAACAAUACUACAACCAUGAUAACACCAACACUACAAGUUAUGACGAAAGCAAUGCAGAUCAUGACCAACAUCAACAAUACGAUCAAACUCAAUACGAUCAUUCACAAUACGAUCAAAAUCAAUAUGAUCAAUCUACAGAACACCAUGAUCAACAACAACAAUACAAUCACAACGAUACUGCAUACGAAUAUGAGGCACAGUACUAA